GUAUAUUUACACUGAAGAAAAAAUAUAUUAAAAAAACACGAGAGGUCAAUCGUAAGUUCUGAACAAGACAUUGAGAAAUAAAAUCACAAAUUAUGUUUUAGAGUAUGCUGUAAAACUUGAAAUCCCCACUUGUUUAGUUUGCUGAUGCUGGACAACAGUUGGUAAUAGUUUUGACCUGUUAGUUCCAAAGAUGCCAAGGAUUCCAGAUAGAAGUAAAUUCAAUAUAAUACGCCUAGCUCUGCAUGGUUGUACAAACAGACCUUUCUACCAAAUAGUAGUAUGUAAAAACAGAAAACCAAGAAAUGGACCCUUUAUUGAGAGACUUGGAAGUUAUGAUCCAAUGCCAAAUAAGUUUGGAGAGAGACAUGUAGCUUUAGAUGUAGAUAGAUUUUUUUAUAAUCUUGCCAAAGGGACAAAGAUGACUAAGCCAGUAGAAAAACUGUUUGGUUUAAGUGGACUUUUACCAAUACAUCCUAUGACAUAUAUAGAAGCAGAAAGACUUAGACAAGGAAAGGAUCAAAAGCGUGCUGGUGUUCUUAGGCACUGGAAUAUGGAUGUUUUUGAUUAUUAUGAAGAACAAAAAAAGAAAGUGGAGAAAAUAGAAGCUAGCAAAAAGGAAGCUGCUGAAAAAGCUAAAGACAAUGAGGAAUCAGAAAAUGAAAUUGACAAAGAGAGUGAAAUUUCUUAGCAUUAAAAUUAUCUAAAUGUA